AUGGCCACCUCCGACGACGUUCCAGAUUCUACCGACUGGCUCUCGACGCCGCUUUCUGGCUUCGCAGCUGUCGAGGCCGCUUUGCGAUGCCAAGUGUGCAAAGAUUUUUACAAGACACCGAUGAUUACUUCCUGUUCGCAUACAUUCUGCUCAAUCUGUAUUCGAAGAGCACUGUCCAACGAUGGCAAAUGUCCAAUGUGUCGCUCAACGGAGCAAGAGCUGAAACUUCGAAGCAACUGGUCCAUGGAGGAAACGGUCGAGGCCUUUACCAAAGCACGGAUGGCUGCGCUGAAUCUUGCGCGCAAUCAGAGACCGAGGAGUCCAUCGCCGAAAAGGAAGGCUCCUGAGGCGUCUCCGGAUGCGCAUGCGUCUCACGAACCAAAGCGACUGCGCACAUCAGCUAGAUUAAGCAAAACCCGAGGAGAACCGGCAGUAGCAACGACUCCGACCGUAACGGCUGAAGAACAAACUGUUCCCGACUCAAAUAAUGAGGACAAUGAUGACGAAGAAUAUGUGCCUGAUACUCCAAACGGCCUUGUGCCCUGCCCCAUGUGCAAUAAAAAGAUGAAAGAAUGGCAGGUGUUUGGGCAUUUAGAAUCCUGUCCAGGCCCUUCGGCCCCGACAAACAAUCCAAGCAAUAAUGUUGAUUCCGAAAAUACCUUUUCCUUUGGACAAUCUCAGCGAAAACAGCAAAAGACACUCGAGCGACUCCCUCCCCUCAAUUACUCCAUGUUAAAAGAGCAGGCGCUGCGGAAAAAGAUGCUAGAAUUAGGACUCAGCAACCAAGGACCUCGCCCUCUCCUGGAAAAACGCCAUAAAGAGUGGCUAACGCUAUGGAAUGCGAAUUGCGAUGCGGCCACACCAAAGAAGCGCUCAGAGCUGCUCCACGACCUGGAUGUUUGGGAGCGCACCCAGGGCGGCCGAGCACCGACUACUGGCCGAGUGAUACAAACUGCGGCGGCGAUCAAGGACAAAGACUUUGACGGUGCUGCAUGGGCAGCUAAGCACGACUCUUCAUUCAGAGACCUUAUCGCGAGCGCUCGAAGAAAUGGAGAC